UUUUAUAGAUAACGAAACCGAAAAUGGACUUUAUUUUAUAAAACGUAAAUUCGUAACAAGCAAAAUGGCGGACAUUUCGGGGAGUGAGAUGGAAAAACAGUCAGAUGAACCACUUCAUUUGUUCUGUUCACCUUGUAAACGUAAGGAAAUAAAUAAAGAAGCGGACAAAUAUUGCGCAGAUUGCCAUGAUUAUUACUGCUCGGAUUGUGUAAAAUUUCAUGAGGAUAUUCCAGCCCUGUCUGGACAUAAGAUUCUAGAUAAAGGUCAAGUCAAGGAUGGAUCUAGCGGAACUUUGCCUGAAGCACCAACCCAAAGAUGCGAGAGACACGGGUUUAAACCUGUUGACAUGUAUUGUCAAAGUCAUGAUAACGUUGGCUGUACUUCAUGUAUGGCAGUAGAUCACAGGUCAUGUAACGAUGUUUUCUACAUGCCUGAGUACAUCUUAGAUCAUGACCCUACAAAUCAAUGUGACGACGUUCAACAGAACAUGCUAGCUGUUACCGAUGACAUUGAAUUUCAGCUGAAAAUACGACAACGGGAAAUAAAACGAUUGUUCAAACGUAAAGAAGAAGAAGUUGAAAAAAUAAAACAGUUCCGGAUUGACAUCAACCAGAAACUUGACAAUCUUGAAAAGAAGAACAUUGAUAACAUAGAAGAUAAAUAUAAAACAUUAAUCAAGAAGUUUGAAGAGCAAAUUACCAUAUUGACAACUUUCAAGACCGAUGUUCAGACUUCAGCAGCAGAUAAUAUAUCCGCCUCAUCAAAUGUGUCGCAAAAAUUUGUGGGGAUGAAAGUAGCUUACUCGGUUACAGAAAGAGCAGACAAUGGUUUAAAAGAGAAGACAAUGGAAUUUAAAAGAUUUGAUGUUGCCUUUGAACAGCAACCAAAGCUGAUGUCAAUGAUAGACCAAAUGGACAUAUUGGGAGACAUUGUGGAAAAACCUGCUAUAUAUAGGCUAGGGGAAAAGAGGGAGAUUAGUAUGAAACAUGAUUCAGACUCUGAAACCUGUAAUGAUAUACGAAGUAUAUGUAAGCUUAAGAAUGGCUGUGUGAUUAUUGCUGAUUACAAUAAUAAAAGCUUAAAACGUCUUGACUUGGCCUCUUCCAAAAUAAUAGAUGUAUGUCAACUAACGAGAUGGCCUUGGCAAAUUUGUGAAGUUGACAAUGAGAUAGCUGUAUCCUCCUUUUAUGGAAUGAACAUUGACAUUGUAACUGCAGAAAGACCACUAAAAGUAGCACGGGAAAUCAAAACCGCUCAUAACUGUUAUGGUUUAGGGUACAGAAAUGGGAAAAUUUAUGUAACGGAUUCAAAGGAGGCUGUUUUUGUCUACAACAAGACAGGGACAAUGCUGAUACAAUUUUCCAAAGAUCAGUCAGGUAAUGACUUGUUUAGUAAUAUAUACAGUCUCACAGUUAGUCACGAUGGUGAGAGGGUUUAUGUUGCUGACUGGACAUAUGGUCUAGUAGUACUUAGUAAGGAAGGCAAAUUACAUGGAAAAUAUAAUCCUUCCAACCUCAGAAAUGCAUGGGAGAUUUGUGAAACAGACGGUGGAGAUAUACUUGUUUGUGGUGAUACAAGUAACAAUAUUGUACAAUUUUCUCCAAAUGGUGAGGUCGUAGGAGAAAUACUUACAUCAGAUGGUCAAGCCGGAAGUUGUCGGGCGAUUUGCUAUGAUCGCAAUCACACGAGACUGAUAGUUGGACGAUAUAACCGGGAUUAUAUAGAAGUCUACGACAUGAAGUCGUGUACCGAUGUUUUCUACGUGCCUGAGUAUGUCUUAGAUCAUGACCCUACAAGUCAAUGUGAAGACGUUCAACGUAAAAUGCUAGCUGUUACCGGUGACAUUGAAUUUCAGCUAAAAAUUCGACAACGGGAAAUAAAACGUCUGUUCAAACGGAAAGAGGAAGAAGUUGAAAACAUAAAACAGUUCCGGAUUGACAUCAACCAGAAACUUGACAAUCUUGAAAAGAAAAGCAUUGAUAACAUAGAAGAUAAAUACAAAGCAUUAAUCAAGAAGUUUGAAGAGCAAAUUACCAUAUUGACAACUUACCAGACCGAUGUUCAGACUUCAGCAGCAGAUAUUAUAUCCACCUCAUCAAAUGUGGCGCAAAAAACAACAACCGAAGUUGAUGUUAAUGAUAGACCAAAUGUACAUAUUGGGAGAAAUUGUGGAAAAACUGCUAUAUAUAGACUUGGGGAUAAGAAGGAGAUUAGUAUGAAACAUGAUUCAGACUCAAACUCCUGUUAUGAUAUACACAGUAUAUGUAAGCUUAAGGAUGGCUGUGUGAUUACCGCUGAUUACAAAAAUAAAAGCUUAAAACGUUUUGAUGUGACUUCAUCCAAAAUAGUAGAUGUCUGUCAACUUUCAAAUUACCCUUGGCAAAUUUGUGAGGUUGACAAUGAGAUAGCUGUAUCCUCUCAAGGGAUGAAUAUCGACAUUGUAACAACUGGAGGUCCUCUUAAAGUAACACGGAAAAUAAAAACCGACCAUAAAUGUUUUGGAUUAGGGUACAAUAAUGGGAACAUUUAUGUAACUGAUUCAAUAGAGACUGUUUAUGUCUACAACAAGACAGGGACAAUGCUCAAACAAUUUUCCAAAGAUCAGUCAGGUGAGAACAUGUUUUGCAACAUCUUCAGUCUUACUGUCAGUCUCGAUGGUGAGAUGAUUUUUGUUGCUGACAAUGCAUUUGGUCUUGCAGUUCUCAGUAAGGAAGGUAAAUUACAUGGAAAAAAUAAUAUAUCCAACCUCAGAGGCGCGAGGGAGAUUUGUGAAACAGACAGUGGCGAUAUACUUGUUUGUGGUGUAUCAUCUAACAAUAUUGUACAAUUUUCUCCAAAUGGUGAGGUAGUAGGAGAAAUGCUUACAUCAGAUUAUCAAAAAGGGGUUGCGGGCGGUUUGCUUUGAUUGCAAUUACAUGAGACUGAUAGUUGGACGAGAUCGGGAUUAUAAAGAAGUUUACGAUAUGAACUGAACAACAAAAAACAAAUGACAUCUAAAUUUGCAUGGCGGUGAAUGAAUAUCUGAAAAAUUGAGCAUCUGUAUCAAUUGAUUGAUGAUAUAUCAAGACAUCUGUAAUGAAAUUCACUUUAAAUAAUCUUCAGAAAACACAUAAUGAAUGAACAUUUCAUGUUUGAUACAUUUUAUCCUGAAAUUCUUUAAUGACAACAUCAGUAUAACAGAUGACUGUUUAUUGUUUUUAUAAAAACAAUACUUUAGUUUUUUUAAAGAUGGUAAAACUGUAGUUUCACCGUUGACAUUCCUGUUUUCAUAUAUUCAGAAGAUCGGAAAUUAAUGUCUAAUUUUUUGAACCCUUUUUACGUUUUAUUACGGUCAACAAAAAACUGAAUUUCAGUAUAAUCAAGAUUAUAAGUAAUGUUAUUUCAUAACAAUGAUUAAUAAGAAAAAUCAGUCUUAAAAUAAAUAUUUGUAGAUAAGGUUUAAUUAAGCCAAGUUCUCUUUUUAUAAUAAAUAUGGUAAUUUAUAUUUAAAAGUCAGACCAGAUCUAUUGUGGUGUUAUGUGUUUAUGUUUUGUUAUGGGUGAUUGAAUUGGUUUUCCAGGUUGAGUGAUGAAUGAUUGAUUUUGUAUGAAAAUAUUUUUAAGAAGAUUUGAUUCUUGGAUAGCUAACAUUUCUUGGUAACUGACCAUUCCUUUCAUCGCUUUCAAAGUUCGAAGUGAAAACAUAAAUUCUUUAGUAUUACAGUAAUUUCUUUAUAGAAAUAUUUGCUAUUUAUUAUAUAAUUUAUACAUAAAAGGUCUGGUAUGUAUUCAUUAAUUUAUUUGUGAAUUGUUCUUAUUUUAAAUUGAAUUGUCGUGUAAAAUUUUGUAUUAUGUAUUUUGUGAAAUGUUUUUGUUUUGUAAAAUAUUUGUUUUGUAUUGUUAUGUCUUAUUAUUAUUCUAUUUGUUACAGGUUUAUUCU